AUGUCCAACAGUAGCUACAUCAAUGCACUAGUACGCUCUCUCUACGAUGAGAGCCAGGAGCACAACGAUAGCACGUUAAGUGGAAGCCAGCCCAAGAUUCGAAGCCCAAACGCAUUCGAUUCGCAGUCAGAGCCACCAAGUUUGUUCACACGAUCAGCUAACACAUGGGGAGGACAGUUCAACCCUGAUCAUUUCCAGCGCAACGCGUUCGCGAUGAUGUCAGCAAGUCCUGUCAAUAUGGAGAACGGAGCGUUCGCCGCAAUGACUGCCGCGUCACAUCACAAAUAUGAAAAAAACAAAAAAAGAAGCGAUCGCGUCAACGAGAAAUCGUAUUGGGUCAACGGAAGCCACGUAGACGAAACCAUCACCUACAACCAGUAUACCAUCGAUACUGCCGUUUUGGCUCCAACCACAGGAAAUCAAGCAAGCGAUCCUACAACAGUCUGUGAACUCCAUCAAGCAGACAAAGACAACAAUGGAACACAAGGUGGAUUUCUUGAUGAAGCGCUACACAUCAGUAUGCCCAGACGUUCGCUCGCGAGUCAACGCCGCCACCAGCGAAUUGUUCGACGUGACUAG